AUCGGACCAGACAGGUACCCAUUGGAGCGGCUGGACCACGGAACGAUCAUAACAAGGAAUCAUCAUCGUAACGUCGUCGUAAUAUCAUGUUCGGCGUUCAACUUGAGCAUCGACAUGAAGAACCGAGAUGGAGUGGGCGAGAUGUUUAUUUCCUGCGAAGGUAAUUAGCAUCAGGUCGGAUCCAAUUGAUUUCCCAUUGCUUCGAUUGGUGAUGGUGAUGAAUGGGGAAAACUCACGAUCUGGCUCUCAUCUUUCUUCUCUUACGCUUAAGGCGACGAACGCGCUUCUUUCUCCACUUGGCUCUCAUCUUCGUAGAUGGUUCGAGACUGAAGCUGGUCAGUCAAUUGCCUGAAGAUGAAUGUCUUAAAAGGUGAGGGGGGUCAAUACUCACACUGCUGCGAGGAUGAGA